CAGCACCCUUUACAAAAUGUUCACCCUGAUUUGCGCUGUUGCAUUGGUUGCCUCGGCCUUCGCCGAUUAUGGUUCCAGCCAUAAGAACAAACAUGCCGUCUACAAUACCGUGCCUUACAACACAGUUGGUUUGGGAACUACGGGCGUGCUUGGUUCUGUACAGACGCCAUUCCCAUAUAUGGGCGUCAAUCAAGGGUUGGCUGGACUCCAAGGAAACUUGAUGAACCAAUUUCCUUACCAAACAUUCCAAGGAUACCAGAAUCUUCAAGGUUAUAUGGCUCAACCGUACUUGACACAAGGCGUGGGUUUGAACCAGGGGGUUUUCCCGGGUAACCUGAAUUAUGGCGAUGACGAUUAUUUCAAUAGACUCCAGUACAUGUCUAUGUUCCAACCUAACUUCAAUCAAUACUCAUCUUAUGGUCCAUACAUGAACAAUUAUCGAUACAACAACGUAGGGGGGUACGGCAGAAGAAGGAGUGUGUAUUGAAAGACAUAGACGAUUGAUCCAAAUUGUUGAGCCAUGAUUAUGAAUGUUUGUUUUAUGAAUAAAUACUGCAGUUA